CCGUCCACCCCCUGCCCCCAGGAGAACCACUGCCUGCGCAUCAAGAUCCUGGGCGACUGCUAUUACUGCGUGUCGGGGCUGCCGGAGGCGCGGGGCGACCAUGCGCACUGCUGUGUGGAGAUGGGGGUGGACAUGAUUGAGGCCAUCUCGUUGGUGCGCGAGGUGACGGGGGUGAACGUCAACAUGCGCGUGGGGAUCCACAGCGGGCGCGUGCACUGCGGGGUGCUGGGGCUGCGCAAGUGGCAGUUCGACGUGUGGUCCAACGACGUGACCCUGGCCAACCAGAUGGAGGCAGGGGGCAAAGCGGGGCGCAUCCACAUCACGUGGGCGACGCUGCAGUGCCUGAACGGGGAUUACGAGGUGGAGCCGGGGCACGGCGGGGAGCGCAGCGCCUACCUGAAGGAGCACAACAUCGAGACCUUCCUGAUCGUGGGCUGCAGCCAGAAGCGCGUCAGUCUGCGGCGGGGGGCUGGGAUGCAGCCGGGACCCCGCGGCGGGGAGCUGAGGGCGGCGG